AUGACCUGGCCAACGCAGAUCAUUAUCGAUUGCGUUUUUAUUCCGCUCUACGCGACACUGCUCCUGCUCAAUCUGCUUAGCGUGGUCAAACAUGCACAUGAUCGAAGCGGAGGCUUGAUCUCUCUGCUUCUGGUUACCGUGCUUCACCUCGUCGGCAAUGUGAUGCUUGUGGUCGCGUAUACCAAGCACAAUGCAUCGGCGACGGUGGUGAUCUGGGGGUCAAUUUUGCAGUGGGUCGGAUUGAGUCCCUUGAUCUCGUCCGUGUUGGCGAUCUGGUCGCAUGCGCGGUCGACGCUGCACCCACGCGACAAGUGGUCUACUCGCGUGGUUCGCAUGAUGAAUCUGGUCAAUAUGGUAGCGUUGGUCUGUCUUAUCACGGGCUACACCGGUACGGAUUUCACAGACGACCACGGCGUACCGCUCAAAAAGCCGCACUUGGCUGUGCAGACCAAAGUGGGGGCGGUACUGUAUAUCCUUCUCUCUUUCGUGCUUGUCCUUCUAGUCGUGCUCGGCCUCCGCCACAUACGACGUGGUCAGCAAAACGCUGCAAUCCGACCAAUUUUGCUGGCAGCAUCCACCCUUAUGCUGAUCCGUUCCGCUUACGCCGCCUACACCACCUUCUCAGCAUCGCUCCUAGUACCCAGAAGCAUCUGGACCAAACUCGUCCUGCAGUACAUCACCGAGCUCGCUGCGUUGACCGCAUUGACCUGCUUGCCCUUCCUGAUCAAAAAGACGACGCCAAACGCCAUCCAAGUGUCAAGCUUCGACGUCGAGAGAGAUGGCACGCCGCUCCCCGCCAAACCCCUGCAAGCUUGGAGCCCUGCUCAAGUCGAAUUCCAGCAAUAUCAGCCUUCUCAGAUGCCCUCAUCUCCUCCUCCUCCUCCUCCUCCGCAUUGA